GAGACAAUUUUUCUGAUCAACCAUUGUUGCGUGUUUGGUUAUCUCUCUAAUCUCUCUCUCUAUCUCUCACCUAAAUCAAGGGAUUUGUUCUGAUCAAUUCUGAACAGAAAAAAAUAACAAAUCCCUAGAAUCUCAACGAAGAAGAAACCAAAUCCUUCAUCUUCUUCCUUGGAAGAUCAGAAAACACGUCUUUUUUUUUGUGGAAUUUCGUCCAUAAGAGAAGCUUUUGAAAUUGGAGGAAAAAUUCUCAUUUGAUCUGCCCAUUUCUGGUGAAAUAGAUUGAGAAGAAGAAAGGAAGGAUUUUUAGAGGACAAGAACAACAAAAAAUGGGCUCUGAGCAAAACAACAGCACAAGCUUCCCACCAUCAGAGCCAAAGCUCUGCGACAACGGAUGUGGAUUCUUCGGGUCACCAUCCAACAUGAAUCUCUGUUCGAAAUGUUACAGAAGUCUCCGAGCCGAGGAAGAUCAAACAGCAGUAGCCAAAGCUGCGGUCAAGAACUCACUAAAGCUUCCAUCUUGCAGUCUCAUCACACCAGAACAAAAACAGCCUCUGGAAACUAAACCAGCCUCUGUGGAAACCGUCGUUGUGACAGCUGAGCCGUCUUCUGUUCCCGUAGCCACGGAACAGGACGAGGAGGCAGAGCCAUCGAAACCUGCAAGACCGAACAGGUGUUUCAGCUGUAACAAGAAGGUUGGAGUUAUGGGGUUUAAGUGCAAAUGCGGAAGCACGUUUUGUGGGAGCCAUAGGUACCCGGAGAAGCAUGAGUGUGGCUUCGAUUUCAAAGAACUUGGACGCGAUGCAAUUGCAAAGGCCAAUCCGGUGGUUAAGGCUGAUAAAGUCCAGAGGAUUUGAAAAAAAAAAAAAAAAGAACUUUGUUACUUUAUUUAAAAAGUAUUUUGGGGUUUCUGUCUUCUCUGCAUUUGAUCAGUUUCUUCCGGGAAUGUUGAUGUUAUGUGAUCAUGUUCGAUGUUGGGUUUCCUUGAAUCAAAAUGAAAAAUUGCUGCU